GUAGCCAAAAGUACACUUGUUUCCCGAUAAAAAUUACGUAAUGACAAAAUGUGAUUACGUAACUGAAACAACACGCGGAAAAGUUGUAGUAAAUGGUAGAUACAACAUGUGCUCUCUGUUAACAUUAUAAAGAAGAGCGGUCAAGUAACUUAAAAAUUUAAAGACUAUCACGUUAUUCGAUUCUUUUUUUAAAUAAAUACGUAUGCAAUAUGAAUGAAGAAGAUAUUCCUACAAUAUCGCCAUUAUCUGGUAUGAUAAAAAUACUUCUAUUUUUAUAUGGAGUUGUUUUCCUUGUUGCAGCUAAGAUGCGUUGUAUCAUAGUCAUAAGAUUUCUUGUGACUAUGAUUGUAUAAAUGUUUAUGCACAUCGAAUAAUUCUAUAACUAGCACAUUUUUUAUUAUUUUGCGUAUUUUAUUAUAAUUAUUCUUGAAAAUUUACUCAAAAAUUUGAAUUUUUUUCUAUAAAAUAAUAAACCUUUACUACAACUCUUUUCAAAUGCCGAAGGCGAGUCUCGUUCAACUUUGAUACUUAAUCCUUUGACUUUUUUUAGGUGGCAGCAGUCAUACUAAACAGUAUCACAUUGCUCUGUCUUUGAUUGAAGCACUCGAUAUAAUCAAAACACAUGAAAUUGAAAACACUGUUCGAUUUAGUAUGAUAUUCUCAACGAAAGACUUUGGAUCCACUGGUAGGCUUUUCUUUUUAAAGAACAUUCUAAAGUAAAUGCAUAAUUUGAGACAUUAUAAAAUUAAUUCCAGAUUUAAGAAAGAAAAAACACAAGGUUUACUGGUCAAGUGAUGGAGUAAAGUUUUCCGGUUUGCCAUUUAUGUUUGUUGGAACAAAAAUUUUGGAUUGUCAUCACAGAAAAGAGAGGAACCUAAAUUUGAAACUAUCAGUUAAAGAAAAAAGAGAAAAGGAACUGCAAAACGAUCAUGGGUGUAGAAGGAAACACACUCGGGUUUAAGAUUGUAGCUAAAAAGUUUGAUUUUCCGGCACAAGUUAUCAUCACAUAAAUGAUAGAACUUCCAGAGUAUCUGGUUGUAAAUGACACGGUGCGUAACCGGAAAAAGAAAUCCGCAGACCUUCGAACUGAUAUAUCUUCAGGAAAACAGAUUAAACAAACUUGCAAAUUUCUCGUUAGUAUUCCUGAUAUUAGCAGUCAUGAAGGUCAUAUAGUAACAAAGGAUUCCGGUAUAACCCAAAGAAUAGAUUCAGAAAUUGUUUCUAAAACGAUAUGUAUGUAAAGGAAGGUGUCACGGACACGAAAGAGAUGAAAAGAUUGUUAAAAAUACAUGUCAAGAAAGAAAUGUUUAAGGAAACAAAACUGCCAGAACCAUCAAAUAAAAGAUUUUACCCACGGAAUGCAACAAUACGUAACCAAAAAAAAAACAUAUUAGAAGAAAGUUGUGUCAUUCACUUAUCGAUCAAGAGUGCCUUCAAAAAAAGAUAAAAGAAUGGACAGAUUCAGAUCCAACCACUAAAAUAUACUUUAGACCUAAAGGUUUGUUUUUGUUUUUGUAUGUCUAUGAUUGUUUUUUGUGUUUUAAUGUUAAGUUAUUACUAGUUAAAUACCGGUGUGGAAUUGAAACUAAUACUUCGAGUGAUGAAAUUAGUGAAACUGUAAAUGACUCAGAAGAAAGCGCUUCAGAUGAAGAUAUUCAGAAUAAUGUGAAACUCCCUUCAGAGAAAGAAAUACCACUUCUAUUUGUUUACCAGAAUGGUUGGCAAAAAAUCUAUUGUUAAAGCGAGUUGGUAUGAAAAAAGAAGAAUCAGUAAAAGCAUCUCAACUCAAAAUCGCGGUUGAAAAUGUUGAGAAAAACGAAAAGAUUGAAGUUGAGCAGGUGAUACAUGACAACAACAGCUAUGAUGAACCUUCGUUUCAUGCACCCGUAAUUGUUGUGAGUGAUGAUGAAGACGAUAACGCCACUAAUGAAAAGAAUCUUGAAAAUGAUGUUGCACUUUUUGCAAGAACUGUUCUCUCACAUAAUGACUUGAAGGACAUUUCUGGAAAAAGAAUGCUUAAUGAUAACGUGAUAAACGUGUUUCAAAAUACGAUUAAACGAAAGUUUCCAAAUGUGGGUGGACUCCAAGACACAGUGCUUGGUCAAACGCUUAAUUUCCGCAUAUAUCGUAGCAUGCCAUUUGUACAGGUAUUGCACGAUGGAAAUCUUCACUGGAUUGCUAUUUUAACAUAUGGAUGCAAACCAGGUGAGGUUCAUAUGAUGGACAGCAUGUUUCGUGGAAAGGUUGCUGAUCACACCAAAACCCAAAUAUGCUCAAUUAUUAAUUGUUGUGAGGAUCAACUAAAAGUUAAAGUAAUUCCCGUUCAGCAACAAAAGAACAGGGUUGACUGUGGGGUUUUUGCAGUAGCAUUUGCAUAUCACACUGUCGCGACCAAAAAACUCCCUACAGAUAUCAAUUUUGAAACAUCAAAAAUGAGAAACCAUAUGCUGCAAUGUUUAGCUGCAAAUCAAAUCACCAAGUUUCCUCAAAGUGAUAGCCACAUAAUAGCUCGAAGAUGUGCGUCCAAGGAAAUAUCCAUCAACCUCUACUAUUGCAGAGAGCUAUAUUUUAGACAAGCAAAUGGCUGAAUGUAGUAACUGUGGAGGAUGGUUUCACAUAAUGUGUGAACGGAUACCGGACUCUGUAUUUGAAGUGGAAAAUUGUAAAAGUCUGUGGUAUUGUUAUUGUUGUUCCACUAAUAUAAGUAAAAAAGACGGUUGAUGGUAACUAAAAAAUAAAACAUAGUCUUCGCUAAGUUGUUGUGUAUCCCACCUAAGUCCAAGCUUAAGAGCCUUGGGGAUGAGGUGAAGGGGCGCAGGAAGCUUAAUUUAGCCCAGUAAAAUCGGGUUUGUACAAAAAAUCCCGUGUACUUUUGGCUACUGUUAUUUAUUGCUAACUCUUUGUUGCUGUGCUCUUUCUGGAGAUUUGAGUUGGAUUGGAAAGCUCCUGUGUACCCUUUUCUAAAGAAUUAUUGAAGUAAUUUGUACAAUUAUAACGCGCCGAGCUGUGUUUUAUUUUAUUGUUUCUAAGAAGAUGUAAGAAUACAAUAUUAUCAAUUUUAAUUGGUUUUAUCCAAAUCAAGAUUGUGUACAAUGGGAGUGAGUGAUGUAAUCUUCCAAUGCGUGUGGUGAAAAGAAGGCGAAACCGUUAUUGUUUUUCUGCCUUAAUUUGAAACUAUUUAAUAAAUCUUGAUAAAGUUAAAAAACUGUUUUGA